GGGAGAGAGGGCAAAGUUCAAACAGCAUAGGUAGCCGCCGAAAAGCAAGCAUACGAUCGGAAGCCCGCCUACCUAUAGCACAUACUAUGCACAAGGACUAUAGGUGCUGGGAUUGGUCUUCACGGCCUUUGCAAUUUCCCAGCAACAUACCUAGGGAUCCAUGGAAGUUGAAACUUCCCCGGUCCCAGCUCGAGAAGACUGAAGUUGCCUUGGAAGGCGUGCGAUGGUUGAUACGGGACAUAGAGUACACAGAUAUGAUACUCUAUACGAAGCCUCCCGUAUGUACCUGUCAUGCUACCUAUAACUGGGUAUCGCGCCAUCCAGCACGUGGUUUGGACUUUGGUCAUGAGUGCUGGAGUGCUGGAGUGCUGGAGUCUGAAGUCUGGAGUCUGGAGUCGGGACUGCCGCCGGUCUUUUCACUAUUCGGUCACGUCCGGGUACGACCGAAAAGAAAGAAAAAUGAACAGCCAGCCAGUCAUUCGCUCUCCAGCCAGAGUGUGUGCAUAACUACGCCCGGGUGCGUGCGACCGAAGAGAAAGACAGCCAGUCAGCCAGUCGCUCUCCAGUUAGAGCGUGCGACUGAAGAGAAAGAAAGCCAGCCAGUCGCUCUCCACUGUCUAGACUCCAGCUCGCUAGUUGACUACGGUACUCCACAUAUCCGCUCAGGGUUCGACUUGCUGGGUGACGAUCCGUGAGUUGGCUUCGAUCCUCUCUUUCGGCAUCGGUCCGGUUCGCGACGGAGGGAGGGACCUCAAGGUACUCUGCUGUGCCAGGUACAUACCUACUCAGUUACUACUAGUCAUCAUUGGCGUGUGUAUCAAGGCCUGUGCAGAAAUAGG